AUGAAAGUUUUCGAAAAGCCGACUGUCUCUUAUCUUCCACCUCAAGGCCAUCUCAUCGCUUCCCUCAAUAAUCAACACAACGAGCCUUUUGAAGACGAUGAAAAAGCGGUUUCCAACGAAGCGACGGAGCUUCUUUGGCUUCCCUCAAAACCUCGCUCAUCGAGUUGUGUCUUCAUGAUCUUAUCUCUGGCUUCAUCAUUGCAUUGGAGAGAACUUGGGGGGAAGAAAUGCAAGGUCUGA